CCCGCCCCAUUCCCGCACCAUCAGGGCGGGGAUAGGUCCCGGUUUGAUGGGUCAUGGGGCGAGUACAUGUAUAACAUUUAUACCCACCGUGGGGAUGGGGAUGGGUUUUAGGUGAUACCUGCUCCAUUCCCGCCCCGCCCCGCCUCAAGAUUUGUACAAAUUUUGGGACUUUGGAUUGAUUUACUUUGGAUGAUUUUGAGUUGAUGUUGAAAUACUUUUGUUUUAGACAUGUAUAUUUGUUUGAGAUUUUGGUUAUGUGUUUGUUUGAGACUUUGGAUAUGUGUUUGUUUGAGACUUUGGAUAUGUAAUUGUUUGAGAUUUUGGAUGUGUGUUUGUUUGAGACGGAGUUUGUAUAUGUAUUAUGGAUUUUUAAGGCCCAAAUUAUUGAAUAUAAAUAUGUGCACAGAUGGAUAUUAAGCGGGAAUUUGACGGGUGGUAGGGCGGGAAAAAUGUAUAUUAGACGGGGAUGGAUACCCAGAUGGGUGAUGGGGCGGGGAUGGUUUUAGAUAUAAAACCAUCGGGAAGGGAACGGAAAAAAAAAAAUUAUACGAUGGGGAUGGAGAUGAGUAUUGCAUUAAAAAUGACGACGCAAUUUAUGUGUUCUGAAUAGCAGAUGGCUUUAAAAAUGACGACGACGCAUUUACUUUCUAGAACCUUCUUUCCUCUCCUUCCCUUUUCUUCCAACAACCUUUCUCUUCCUCUUCGCACUCGCUACAGAUCACCCUUUUGCUUCUCCAUCUCUUCAAUGUCCUCCGAGUCAUCACCUCCACUCACUCAUACCAUCACCCUUCCGGGUCAACCUGUCGAAAUCGUUGCGGCACCUGGUCUCACUCCUUCUGAUUUCAGGAAUGCCAUAGAGUGCUCUUUAUUUCAACAAUGGCUGAAAAAUAUGCAGGGUGAAAAUGGGGCACUCACUGAUGGGGUCAUGUCUUUGAAUAAAGUCCUUAUCCAGGGAGUGGAUUACUUUGGCAAGCGUGUUGGUUUUCUCAAGUUUAAAGCAGAUAUCAUUGAUAAGGAAUUAGGAAAAAAGGUUCCAGGGAUUGUGUUUUCUCGAGGACCAGCUGUAGCCAUCCUUAUCCUUUUGGAGUCUGAGGGCGAGACUUAUGCUAUUCUUACUGAACAGGUUAGGAUCCCUACUGGGCGAAUCGUUUUGGAAUUGCCUGCUGGAAUGUUGGAUGAUGACAAAGGUGAUUUCAUGGGAACCGCAGUUCGUGAGGUUGAAGAGGAGACUGGUAUACAGUUGAAUAAAAAGGACAUGGUUGACCUUACAGCCUUCUUGCAUCCAUCAAUCGGAGGGAAAGUUUUCCCGUCACCGGGAGGGUGUGAUGAGGAACUCAGCGUCUUUUUGUACCGAAGUCAGGUGGGUAAAGAUACUAUUCAGCAACUGCAGGGUAAGAAAACUGGGCUUCACGAGCACGGUGAGCUCAUAAAAGUGCAUGUACUUCCAUACGCACAACUUUGGCGCUCCACAGCUGAUGCCAAGGUUCUAAUGGCAAUUGCACUUUAUGAAAUGGCCAAAAGAGAUGGACUGUUGUCGGAAGUUUAGACAUAUUACGAGAGGUUUCUUACUUCUCCGUGUUGCCAUGACCACAAUAACUUCAUUAAAAGCUUCAGCGGCUGAUGCCCUACUAUGGAGAUCAUAAAUUUUGAGAGAAUUUCGUCCUUGAAGUUGUCAACGAUCAUGGUAAUUUUGUUAGGGGGCAUUUCAAUUUGGUUGUAUAAUGUAUUAGGUGUGUUAACUAGUCAAUAUCAAAUAGUGGGGGAUGAUAAUGAAAAUGUAGCUUAAUUUUGGUGAGAAAAUCUCUUACAAGUUCAAUUGUUAUGCUUAUUGUACUUUAAUCAUCUCAUUUUCUGUUUUUUAAAAUACUCCAACUACAAAAUUAACAAGGAAUACUAUGAAAAUUUGAAAUAAAUGAGAUUAUUUAUCUACUUAAUUCCAAAUAUAAGAUUCGCCAAAAUAAGCUUCC